UUGAUUAAAAAAAAACACACAAAAGACGUACGACAGACAAAACACAAAGCAAUGUCCCAAAUCUUCAUUUCCUCUCUCCCCCUCCUCCUUCCGAUUUCUUCGUAUUAAUAACCCUUCAACGAUAUUUCGAUAUCUUCCUCAAUUCCCUUUGUCAAAUUCAUGUACAAAGUUUGUUCUUUCUUCUCUAAUCUCUCUCUCUGAUCAGUGUUCGAAUUGUAAUCGAUUCGGCGUUUGAAUUUGGCAAUCGGGAAUUUUUCGAUUUCAUUGUGGGUUUUUGAUUUUUGAAGCGAUCAUCGAAGAGCGUUGAUGGAGAAAUUGACUUAAGGAAUCUGGGUUUAUGUUGUUGUUCUAUUGUAUUUCUACAAUAAAUGGAUCUCUGAAGGUUUUGUCAUAAGCGUAUUGAGGAAGAAGAUGGAAGAGAAGAUGGAUCUUGUGAUUGGUGGGAGAUUCAAGCUUGGAAGGAAAAUUGGUAGUGGUUCAUUUGGAGAGCUUUAUCUAGGUGUAAAUGUCCAAACAGGAGAAGAAGUUGCUGUCAAGCUGGAAUCUGUGAAGACCAAACAUCCACAACUUCAUUAUGAGUCAAAGUUGUAUAUGCUGCUUCAAGGAGGAACUGGUCUUCCGAGCCUCAAGUGGUUUGGAGUUGAAGGUGACUACAGCGUAAUGGUUAUUGAUCUUCUAGGUCCUAGUCUUGAAGACUUGUUUAACUACUGCAACAGGAAGUUCACCUUGAAAACUGUUCUCAUGCUUGCCGACCAACUUCUUAACAGGGUCGAGUUUGUACAUACUCGAGGUUUCCUCCACCGUGAUAUAAAGCCUGAUAACUUUUUAAUGGGCCUUGGACGCAGAGCUAAUCAGGUGUAUAUCAUUGAUUUUGGAUUAGGGAAGAAAUACAGAGACCUUCAGACUCACAAACACAUUCCUUACAGAGAAAACAAAAAUUUGACUGGGACAGCUCGAUAUGCAAGUGUCAACACUCACCUUGGAGUUGAACAAAGUCGUAGGGAUGAUUUGGAAUCACUCGGUUAUGUGCUUAUGUAUUUUCUCAAAGGAAGCUUACCGUGGCAGGGACUAAAAGCUGGGACAAAGAAGCAGAAGUAUGAUGUAAUAAGUGAGAAGAAAGUAUCAACUCCUAUAGAGGUGCUGUGUAGAAAUUGCCCUUCUGAAUUUGUAUCAUACUUCCAUUACUGCCGAUCUUUACGGUUUGAUGACAAACCUGAUUACUCUUACCUCAAGCGUCUUUUCCGCGACUUGUUCAUCCGAGAAGGUUACCAAUUCGAUUACGUGUUUGACUGGACAGUCUUAAAGUAUCCUCAAAUCGGUUCCGGUUCUGGUUCUAGCUCACGUACAAGGCAUCAAACAACGACGAAACCAGGAUUCAACGCGGGUCCUUCUACAAGUAGGCAAGAGAGGCACGCUGGUAAGGAAACAACCAGAGUCUCGGGUGCAGUGGAAGCCUUCUCCCGAAGACACCCAACGAACUCUGCUACGCCACGUGAUCAUUCAAGAUCAAGAAACUCUGAUGACGGACCUUUCACUAAGCAUAUACAUGGAGAGAGUGGAAGAGGAAGCAGUUCGUCAAGACAGGGAACAUCAACAUCAAGGAAAGCAGUUGGUGGUGGUUCAAGCUCUAGGCCAAGUUCUGCAGGUGGUGGACCAAGUGGUAGCCGAGUUUCAAGCCGUCUGGUAUCAUCAAGCGGUGGUGGUGGCAGUGGGCGUCCAUCGAGCAGUCAGAGAGUCCAAGCUGGAUAUGAAUCGAAGACACUGUCUUUCGCUCGUGCAACGGCUUCAAGAAACGCUCGAGAAGAUCAGUUGAGAAGCUUCGAGCUUCUGUCUCUUCGGAAAUAAAUCAAAGAAAAAAGAAGAAAAAGAGAGGGAUAGAGAGACUCCAUGAAAACCCAACCGAAAAGAUCUUUACAGGUGAUUUCAGCUUGAGCUGCAGAGAUCUUUUGCCAGCACUCUUGCUCGUUUGUAUUUUUUAAAUGGUGAUGUGUUGGAGAAAUGAGAGAGUCAAAAAUGUAGAAAGUUUCAAUUGUUAAAGAGGUGAACUUGUAUUCCUCCUAUUAUCCUAUAUAUACCCCCAUUACUUCCAGACUAUUAUUGUAAUAAACAAACAUAAAGAGAAAGACAAAACUUGUAUUUUA